UCCUUAGGGGUGAUUUCAGAUGUGUGCAGUUUCUAACGGCCUGGUGACGCUUAGAAGGAAAGUGCCAUCGCGACGUGUCAGAGAUGCUCUCUCUCCUCCUGUGCAGCUCCUGCAGGUCAACAGAGCGGACAGGCAGAGUGAGAUGAGAUCCUCAAAGUCUCUGGGAGAUCUGAAGGGUUCCCCGUUCAAAGGAGCGGAGAAAACUCGCAAGCACUCCACGGGAUCAGUGCGCACAGGCCGCAGCUCACCCCCUCCAGGCAGCGUACCAGAAGAGCAGCAGCAGAUAGCCCGGCAGGGCUCGUACACCAGCAUUAACAGCGAGGGCGAGUUCAUCCCCGAAACCCCAGAGCAGAACAUCCUAGACCCUUUCAGAAGUUUGGAAGACUCGCUGUCCGACGACUGUGACUCGCUGGACCAGACGCUGGACAGCCCUCCGUUCCCCCAGACCGGCCGGGACAGUAAUUACCCAAGCUUCAGCUACGAAUACAAAGGUAGGCACAAUAAAGGCAGCACUUUCCCCAGGCAGUUCCACCUUUCCAGUCACAGGAAGGACUACAGUGAUGGAUGGAGGACUUUCCCCCGCAGCUUCAUGCCCCAGGAGAACCCAUUCCAACUGGCUCGCCCCGGCCGCGUCUGCAGCUUUGGGGACGGCACCUUGCAGUACUCUGACCUCCGCUCCCUGGACUGGACGGCAGAGCUCACGGCCCCCUCCAAGCCCCCUCAGGCGCCUGUCAACUGGCGACAGGGGAAGCUGCUGGGGCGCGGAGCUUACGGGGAGGUCUACCUCUGCUACGACGCCGACACGGGUCGCGAACUCGCCGUCAAGCAGGUUUCCUUCGACCCCGAGUGUCAGCAGACCAGCAAGGAGGUCAACGCCCUGGAGUGUGAGAUCCAACUCCUGAAAAACCUGCGGCACGAGCGCAUCGUGCAGUACUACGGCUGCCAGCGGGAUCCGGAGCACCGCAAGCUCUCCAUCUUCGUGGAGUUCAUGCCCGGGGGCUCGAUAAAGGACCAGCUGAAGGCGUACGGCGCUCUGACCGAGAAGGUGACACGCAGAUACACGCGGCAGAUCCUCCAAGGGGUCCUUUUUCUUCACCGAAACAUGAUUGUUCACAGAGACAUCAAAGGUGCUAACGUCCUGAGAGAUCCCUCCGGAAACGUGAAGCUGGGCGACUUUGGUGCCAGCAAACGCAUUCAGACCAUCUGCAUGUCAGGGACGGGGAUCAAGACGGUCACCGGCACCCCCUACUGGAUGAGCCCAGAAGUUAUAAAUGGAGAGGGAUACGGGAGGAAGGCUGACAUCUGGAGCGUGGCGUGCACGGUGGUGGAGAUGCUGACCCAGAAGCCCCCUUGGGCAGAAUACGAGGCCAUGGCAGCCAUCUUCAAGAUCGCCACACAGCCCACCAAGCCGGCACUGCCUCAGGAUGUGUCUGACUCGUGCCGGGAUUUCUUGCGGCUGGUGUUUGUGGAGGAGAAAUGCCGGCCCACGGCUGAGCAGCUACUUACGCAUUCCUUCGUCCAGGGCACCUCAUAGACCUUGCUAAGGGGGAGAUCAUUGGCGAAACUCAGCUCCUGCACUUUGAUCAGAACCUCUCUGCCUUCCAGAGUCACCAGCAAAACUCCCCACAAAGAACCAUUUCCCCAACUGUGCUGCGGGAACCUGAUGGACUCAACCACAAUCAGUCUCGCAAGGCAGAGCCUUUGUAAACCACUGGGGGGGCAGGGGAGGGGAGGAUGCGCAAGUGUGUCCGUCAUCCACAGAACAAGUUGCCAAAGGAUGUUCUUUCCAAGACAAGAAAGUUUAGGUUGGUUCGCAAACAGAGGGCGCUGUGUGCUCAUUGACCUCCUGACCCUGCUUAAUCCGGGCUGGCCCAGCGCAGUGAGCGGGAGUGGACAGGGAGUUGAGAUCAUGCCACACUGGUAUCCGGUGCUUCAAGAAUCCCGCAACGGGAUUCCUUCGGCAAGGCAGUCGAUUUUGUUUUUCGCAAAAGCUCACCGCAUUUUGACGAUGGCCCUUAUGGUCAGUACUGUAAAAUUAAGAUUACUGUAAAUUCCUUGUUUAUAAGACUUGUUAGGUCGAUUAACUCAUCAGUGACUGAUAUUAGCCCAUUUAUAUGGAGAUGUGCCCAUCUGUGCUUGUCAAAUUAAGAGAGAACACACACUGAAACUAUGACCUGAUCAACAAUAGCUGUGCACUGACAGUCAAUAGGUCUGCAUCGAGAAGGUGCUGUAUUACUGAAAACUUUAGAGAUUCCGUAACACUCACUUGUCCUUGCCAUUUUUGUUAUUAUACGUUGAUAGGCCAAGUAUUUCAAUUAAUUAGUGAAAGCUGAUAUUUUUGGGUACUUUUUUUACCAUUUUGUGCUACCAACUGGUUCAUUGUGACAUUUAAGGAGAGAGCAACCAGCUUUUGUAUCGUUUCCAUGGUGAAUGUUGUGACAAACAGCAAUACUCUGAAGCAGACAAUCAGGACUGGAUUUAGGCUUCGUAGGCCAAGCAUCUCGCCUUGGUCAGGUGGAUAUAAGCUCACUUCCUCCAGCCCCCGUGUGAAUGACCAAAGAUGGUGAACGCUCAUCUGUUCAGUGAAGUUAAGAGGCCAGGUGAUUGCUACAGCACCAUUCUGUGUGCGGUCUCCAUCGCGGGUCUCAUUCACUGAAGUCGGAGUGCGGUGAUGUGUAACCCCUGGGAGUUACUUACAGAUAAAUGUUCAGAGGGCAGAAGAAAACAUGAUUGGCUUAGGGAGAUAACCAAUCAGACUAUAAAGGAGGUGGAAUCAAUACAUCUGACUGGUUCUACCCACCUCCUCUACAAUCUGAUUGGUUAUCUCUUUCAACCUAUCAUUUUUCCUUCUGCCCUCAGGACAUUUUUCUGUAAAUAAAGCUCCCAUUGACUUAUGGGUAAAUGCGUGUUGCUUGAAAUGCGAGGCUAUCAGCAAGCAUGCCACUUUCAGCGGAAUGGCAUGAUAUACCGUUUGGCAUAGGGAUCAGCUACUGUCUGAACCAUAUACAACCACAGCAACAUGAGCUGUGACAUCUGUGCCAGAACCACAGGCAGCUUUAGGUCAAAAAGAAGAAAAAGCACGUUUCCAUUAAAAGAGUAUUUAUCUUAAUUUAUUAAGAAUGAAGUGUUCUUAUUUGAUCUUUUAGUGCUCUAAGCAUUAUGAAAAAAAUGUUAGCCACAUUUUAAAAAGGCGUCUUUGUGAAAUUUUAUAAUAAAAACUGUUUGGGCUCAGAUGAUCAAAUCUGGCCUCGAGCAAGUUAACUUAAGUUUUGUAAAAGGAAAAAGGUAAUCAAAGAGUCUGUUUCAGGCAGAAUUACUCCUACAUUUGCCGAAUGGUAAGAAAUAAAGUUUAAAGAUCAUUGUAUGCUCUAGGUGCCUUCUUCAAACACUUUCAGAGAAACAUGGUCUUUGGUGACUGAAUGUCAAUCCAAUUGUACACCUGAACAGAAGAAUUAGAAUCAUGGGUUUUCUCUGUACUGGAUGAUUGCGUAGAUGAUUUCGAUGCCACGCAGUUUUGAAAUCUUUUUUAUAUAUAUACAAAAACGGAGGACCGUGGAGCAUGUUGACGACGGUGUUCUAAGCUGACCGCUGGACAGUGCGCCAUGUAAACAGUAGUCACAUGAUUGGGUUCGAGGAUGUUGUACUGCGUAGCUUGUCGCUCCUCGCUGACCGACCUCGGAAGCAUUUAUCCUUUAACAAAACCUUGUACGUGUAAGAAUGUGAAUUAUUAAACAUAUUUUUAAGACCAUAA